AUGGUUCGUCGUGGUUUAAUAGCUGAUACACGAAAAGUAUUUGAUCGCGCUCUUAGAGCUCUACCAAUAACUCAACAUAUGAGAAUUUGGCCACUUUAUAUAGAAUUCGUUGUUAAACAUAAUAUUCCUGAAACAGCAAUCAGAGUUUACAGAAGACAUUUAAAAGUUUAUCCAUUUGCUAGAGAAGAUUAUAUUGAAUAUUUAAAACAAAUUGAUAAAUUGGAUGAAGCUGCACAACAAAUUGCAAUUUUAGUUAAUGAAGAUAGACCAGUCAGUGAAAAAGGGAAAACUGGACAUCAACUUUGGACAGAACUUUGCGAUUUAAUUUCUAAAAAUCCAAAUAAAGUUUACUCCCUUCAAGUAGAGCCAAUUAUUCGUCAAGGAAUUUCUCGUUAUACUGAUCAAGUUGGAAUGCUUUGGUUACACCUUGCUGAAUAUUAUAUUAGAGCAUCAAAUUUUGAAAAAGCUCGUGACAUUUUUGAGGAAGCAAUUAGUGUGGUUAAGACAGUCAGAGAUUUUACACAAAUUUUUGACGCAUAUAGUAAAUUUAUGGAAAGAAUUACUUCCCUAAAAAUGAAAGAACUUGAACAAUGUAAUUCUACACAUACAGCAAAAAUUGAAUUAGAAUUGGAAUUAUUAAUGACUCGUUUUGAACAUUUAAUGAAUAGGAGGCCUCUUUUGUUAAAUAGUGUUCUUCUUCGCCAAAAUCCUCAUAAUGUCCAUGAAUGGUUAAACAGGGUUCAAAUAUAUGAAGGAGAUCUUGAAAGUCAAAUUUCUACAUUUGAAGAGGCGGUCAAAGCAAUUGAUCCAAAACAUCAAAUUGGUAAAUUAAGCCAGCUUUGGAUUUCUUAUGCAAAAUUAUUUGAGAAAUAUAAAAAGUACACCGAGGCAAGGCAAAUUUAUGAAAGAGCGGUAAAAAUAAAUUUUGCUCGUGUCGAUGAACUUGCUCAGAUUUGGUGUGAUUAUGUUGAAUUUGAGCUUUUACACAGCGAUUAUUCUGCAGCUGUUUCUAUUUUAAAAAGAGCUACUUCUGUUCCUGCUCGACGUGGUCAAUAUUUUGACGAAACAGAUAAUAUACAAACACGUGUUAGUCGUUCUCUUAAACUUUGGUCUUUAUAUGCAGAUAUUGAAGAAUCAAUUGGAACUUUGCAAAGUUGUGCGGAAAUUUAUGAUAAAAUGAUGGAACUUCGAAUAGCUACACCCCAAAUUAUCAUAAACUAUGCUUUGUUUCUUGAACAAAACAAUUAUUUCGAAGAGUCCUUUAGAGCCUUUGAAAAAGGAAUUGGUUUAUUUCAUUGGCCUUUAGUUUUUGAUGUUUGGAAUGUUUAUUUAACUAAAUUUAUUAAUCGAUAUAAAUUGGAGCGUGCAAGAGAUUUAUUUGAACAAUGUUUAGAAAAAUGCCCCCCAAAAUAUGCGAGAGAUAUUUACUUACUUUAUGCACAAUAUGAAGAAGAACAUGGAUUGGCAAGACGAGCAAUGGAAAUUUAUAAUAAAGCUACGGAUGCUGUUGAUAAAGACGAAAAACAUUUGAUUUACAAUGUCUACAUCAAAAAAGCGAUGGAAUUUUAUGGAAUUACAAAAACCCGGCCAAUAUUUGAAUCAGCAAUUGAGAGGCUUCCUGAAAAUCGUUCAAGAUAUGCACAAGUUGAAAGGAAUUUGGGUGAAAUUGAUCGUGCAAGGGCUAUUUAUGCACAUUGUGCUGAAAUAUGUGAUCCUAGAGUUCACUCAGAUUUUUGGGAAACCUGGAAGGAAUUUGAAGUUAAACAUGGAAAUGAAGAUACAAUUAGGGAAAUGUUGAGAAUGAAACGUUCAGUUCAAGCAACAUUCAAUACAAGCGUUAAUUAUAUGAGUGCUCAAAUGCUUGCUUCUCUUGGUGGUAAAGCUGAAAUGGCUGGAGAAUUGAGUGCUGCUGAUUCGAUGGCACAGUUAGAGGCAAGAGCUUCUCAAAUUGCUCAAGAGGAGGCUGCAAUUUCUGCAAGAAAAUUAGCUCCUUCUGAAGAUGGAAAAAUAUCUUUUGUUCGUGGAGAGAUUAAAACAAAUAAAGAAAAGACGGCCGAAAAUCCGGAAGAAAUUGACAUUGGAGAUAUUGAAGAAGGAAUGGAAGCUGAAUCAAAUAACAAUGAUUCUGUUUUACUUGAAUUAUUGUUAACAAUAGCUAGGCCUUCACUAACCACCACAGAUUUCGUUCGCCCUUAUCGAUCAGAAACUGCUAGGUGUGAAAAUGGGUUCGAAAGUUCAGAAAAGGCGCAAGAUUUGGCUCGUAUUUUAAUGGAUAACUAUUCUAGGAGUGCUUUACCUGAGCCAGCUCCAGUUAAUGUGCAUGUUGAGGAUACUCGACUUAAAUUUUCGCAUAUUGACCCUUGCCGUCGAAAUUUAUCAUUAGAUCAUGAUAUGGAACCAAGAUUAUGGUCUCCAAAUGUCUGUAUUGUUAAUAGUAAAAAAACAAAAGUUCACGAUUCUCCGAAACCAAAUAUUUUAUUAAUGAUUUUUCCUAAUGGAACAACGUGGUUAAACUAUCGUAUUAGAUCAGAAUCCCCAUGCAUUAUGGAAUUAAGAAAAUUUCCUUUGGAUUCAAUUCGUUGUGAUUUAAUUUUUGAAAGUUAUUCCUACAAUAUAGCAGAAGUGACGUUGGAUUGGCUUGAAUGGUUACCUGUUUCGAUAAUUAAAGAUGAUUUAAACUUGCCAGACUUUAAAUUAACAAAUAUUACUUAUGGAAAAACAACUGAGAUGUAUUUACCAACUUAUGUUUCUGUUUUUAUAAGUUGGAUAGCUUUUUGGAUGGAUACAAGAGCACUUCCUGCAAGAAUAACACUUUCUGUUAGUUCAUUAAUGGCUUUAACAUUUCAAUUUGGUACAAUUGUUAGAACUUUACCCAAAGCAAGUUAUGUAAAAGCAAUUGACCUUUGGAUGUUUAGUUGUGUUGGUUUUAUAUUUGCAGCAUUAGUUGAAUUAGCUAUUGUUGCCUAUAAUGACAAAAUUGUAGAUCAAAAUCAAAGAAGAAGAAAAGCUUCUGCUGUAGGUAAUUUACUUGCUAGAGCAAGUAUAACAACUGCUGGAUUACCUGAUAUGAAACAAAGAAAAUCUUCUAGAGGGGAUUUAUUUCUUGAUUAUAAUUCAAAAGAAUUACUUUCUGUUACAACAAAUAACAAUAAUCAUUCAAAUAAACAAGAGACAAAGCCAAAUUAUGGUUCUAAUCAAAUACAAAAAAGUUAUUCACAACAAUCAAUUAAAAAAUCCCCUCCUUCUGAAUUGGGGAGUGCUAUUGACAGAUUCUCUUCUAUAGCAUUCCCUAUGGCAUUUGCUGUAUUUAAUGCAAUUUAUUGGACUUAUUACCUCUCAUCGUAUUCCUCAACAAAAUCGCUCAUUAACCGAUCGCUUGAUGUUUUAUAA